AUGGCUACUCUUGACCAGCACCGGGGCUAUGCCCAGAACCACUAUGCGGAGGUCAAGCAGGACCGUCCCACCGAGUACCUCAACGAGGAGCAGGCUGCCGGUUACCAGAUCGUCCGCGAGCCUUUCUGGAAUAAGGGUCUCGCCUUCACCCCCGAGGAGCGUGUCUCCAAGAACCUCACCGGUCUUCUCCCCCACACCAUGGAGAGCUUCCAGACCCAGUGCGCCCGAGCCAUGAAGAUGAUCCGCAGCCGCUCGACCCCCAUCGACCAAUACCUGUACCUGUCCACUAUCAAGGACCAGAACAUCGACCUCUUCUACCGCCUCCUCAUAGAUAACAUCCGCGACCUGAUGCCCCUUGUCUAUACCCCCACCAUCGGUGAUGUGUGCCUACAGUACUCAAGCCUCUACACCCGCCCCGAGGCUUUGUACAUCUCCAUCAAGCAGCGCAAGUCCAUCCGCACCAUGCUCCAGAACUGGCCUUGCAAGACCCCCGAGAUCUGCGUCGUGACUGAUGGUUCCCGUAUUCUCGGACUGGGUGACCUGGGUAUCAACGGUGUUGGUAUUUCGGUUGGCAAGCUUGCCUUGUACACCGGCGCUGCCGGUAUCCACCCCGAUAAGACCCUGCCCAUUGUCCUGGAUUGCGGUACCAACAACGAGGAUAACCUCAAGGACCCCUUCUACCUUGGUCUGCGCCAGAAACGCCCCUCAUUCGAGGAGCAGCAGGGAUUCAUGGAUGAGUUCAUGGAGGCUGUCCACGAGGUCUUCCCUGACAUGGUUGUUCAAUUCGAAGACUUCGAGAGCCAGAAGGCCUUCGACUACCUCGACCGAUACCGUAACCAGUACAAGUGCUUCAACGAUGAUAUCCAGGGAACUGGUGCCGUCGUCCUCGCAGGUUAUAUUGGUGCCGUAGAUCUCUCUGGCGUCCCCCUUGAGGACCAGCGUCUGGUCUUCAUGGGUGCAGGUUCCGCCGGUGUUGGUGUCGCUAAGCAGCUCGUUGAGUACUACACUCGACGUGGUUUGACCGAGGAGGCUGCUCGUGACAAGUUCUGGCUCGUAGACACCAAGGGUCUUGUUACCAAGGACCGUGGUGACCGUCUCGCUGAGCACAAGAAGUACUUUGCCCGUACUGACAACAAUGGCCAGCAGUUCCGUACUCUCGAGGAAGUCAUUGAGUACGUCAAGCCCAGUGCCCUUGUCGGUCUGACUGCGACCUUCGGUGUCUUCACCGAGUCCGUUGUCACUGCACUCAAGAACUCUGUCGAGUGGGGUGGCGUUGGUCGUCGUCCCAUCCUCUUCCCCCUCAGCAAUCCUCUGACCAAGGCCGAAUGCACAUUCGAGCAGGCUAUUCAGUGGACUGAGGGCAGUGUCCUUUUCGCCUCAGGCUCUCCCUUCAACCCCGUGAAGGCCAAGUUCGGCGAUGAGACCAGCGCCACCACCUACUACCCCAACCAGGGUAACAACGUCUACGUCUUCCCUGGUCUGGGUCUCGGUGCCAUUCUCGCCAAGGCGACCCGCAUCACUGAUGAGAUGGUGUACACCUCGGCCGCCGCUCUGUCUGGCUCGCUGAACGCUGAUGAGAUCCAGAAGGGUCUCAUCUACCCCCGCAUUGAGCGUGUUCGUGACGCUAGCGUCAUCGUUGCCCGAGAGGUGAUGAAGGCUGCCCGCCGUGCUGGAGUUUCAGAACUUCCCGAGGCUCAGUGGACUGAGUGGGAGGAGUGGGGUGAUGUUGCUCUGAACACCUACAUCAAGCAGCACAUCUACGAUCCUCUCUGCUUCGCCGAUAACGCCGCCACCGCCAAGACCCACCUGUGA